AUGUCUAACAACACAGCCUGGGGAAGACGCCUCGUAAUUUGCUGCGAUGGCACCUGGCAAUCCAGUGUCAGCAGCAAGGAGAAUGUUCCUUCCAACAUCACCAAGCUUUGCCGUCUAAUCGCUCGUGUCGGCGAGGACAAGAAAGAUCCCUCGAAGAAGUUUCAUCAGAUUGUCUACUACGAUAGUGGUAUAGGAACCGGCAAUUUGAGCGCAGCUGAGUCGAAGCGACAAGGUGGAACAGGUGCUGGACUCGCAGAGAACGUCAUUGAAGCGUACAACUUCAUCGUGCAAAAUUACGAGCCAGGAGAUGAGAUCUUCUGUUUCGGGUUCUCCCGUGGCGCAUAUACGGCUCGCGCAGUAGCUGGACUCGUAUCAGAUAUUGGAGUUAUCCGACCCAUCGAUAUGCAGUUCUUCCCGGAUCUGUAUCGUCUGUACAUGACAAAUGAUGAAGGGAUUGAAUUCCGCAAAACUGAAGCCUGGUCGUGGUUUACCAAAGGCAAGCUCAGUAAGAAAGGAGAAGAAAUGAAGAAGAAGGGCGUCAAUGUCGACAACAUUGGCCUGGAAAAUCUCCAAGGCCUGGCCGAGGCCUGGGAGAUUCGUCCACAUAAAGAGAUCGCCCUUCCGGAGAGUAGAAAGGUCAAGGUCGUCGGGGUCUUCGAUACAGUCGGCAGCCUUGGAAUACCUGACAUGGUCGGCCUUAAUCUGGCGUGGGGCAGAACCAAGUAUGGCUUCCACAACGUCAAGUUGACCGAGCAAAUCGAGCAUGCAUACCAAGCUCUAGCUUUGGACGAGCGCCGCAAGGCUUUCCGUCCGACCCUCUGGUAUAUUCCCAAGGACCUCGUAGACGACCCAGAUCGACCUACUCCGGAGUUAAAGCAAGCAUGGUUCCCUGGAGUCCAUAUCAACUGCGGAGGUGGCUCGGACGAUUGUUUUGGAGAGAUGAAGGGUGAUUCAGAGAAUAUUUCCACAGCUACCUUAUGUUGGAUGUUGCAAUGCAUUUCUCCUCACUUGACCAUUGACCGGGCCGCCUUCGAACUGUACUUGGCACAGUACAAGCGCUGGCUCUUCCGCAUCCGCUACGCAUGUACCUAUCACCACGAAACCUGGGGCGAUUGGGCGUGGAGCUAUGUCCCAAAACUUCCCAGCAUUCCGAUCAUCAAUCCAGGGCCAGAUGAAUUCACAGCUCCGCGUCGUGACCCCGCUCACGCGCAUACGGACUUUGACUUUAGUUGGGGCACUGGUCCGCUCGUCGAUCCAUUCGGCGGCAUGUACCACCUCAACGGCACACACAAGCGCGUGCCCGGUCACGAAGACGUCGAGACAUACGAUGAAAAGUCGAAAGAACCCAAGUGGAAGCCCAUUCGCGACAUUGGACAGACAAACGAGUACAUUCACCCUAUCGUUCACUACCGCAGGCUUGUACGCGGUUGGGACACGCAUACACCUCUCAAAGAUGACUGGAACCGUGACCACUGGCGUGGCAAGGACGGCAAAGAUCGUUUCUGGUGGUACAAGAAUGGCGAGAAAGACAAGUGUGCGCUGCCGGAGUGGGCUAUUCUGCCCCAUGUCUCGGACAAGGAGUAUAACUUUGAGAGGAAGUGGUAUGGGGAGUGCGAGAAAACCAAGAAGACACUCGAUGCGCUCGCGAAGGUGGAGGAAUUUGGGCAGAAUGACUUCCUGACGACGCUUGACAAGAAGAUUGAGUUUGGGUUUGACAAUAAGCCGCAGAAUCUGUGGCCGUAA